AUGAGGGCGAUACUCCCCCUCCUGUGCCUGGGCACCGUCGCCCAAGCGCUGUACUUCUUCAUCGACGGCAGCCAGCCUAAGUGCUUCUUCGAGGAACUGCCAAAGGACACCCUGGUCGUGGGACACUACUCGGCGGAGGAAUGGGACGACAACACGCGGACGUGGUCGAAGCACGACGGCAUCAGCAUCUACAUAUCCGUUGACGAGCUCUUCGACAACGACCACCGGGUAGUCUCGCAGCGCGGGGCGGCAGGCGGCAAGUUCACCUUCAGCGCGCACGAGGCGGGCGAGCACAAGAUCUGCUUCACGCCCAGCAGCAGCAGCGGGCGGCAGAACUGGCUCAGCGUGCUGCACCCCAACGGCGGCAUCAAGCUGACGCUGGACCUGGCCAUCGGCGAGUCGAGCGAGAUCGAGAGCACCGACAAGAACAAGCUCAAGGACAUCUCGCAGCGCGUCAAGGACCUCAACAACCGCCUGCAGGACAUCAAGCGCGAGCAGAUCUUCCAGCGGGAACGCGAAGCCGAAUUCAGAGACCAGUCCGAAUCGACAAACUCCCGCGUCGUGCGGUGGAUGUUCAUCCAGAUCGUCGUGCUGGGCAUCACCUGCGCCUGGCAGCUAUCGCAUCUGCGCUCCUUCUUCAUCAAGCAGAAGCUCACGUAA